AUGACAGAACCAUCCAAACAUCCGCAGGUGUAUACAGAAAAAAUCCUCCUGGAGUUCAUUGAAUUCCGGCACCCACAUUACGAUGCACCAAGCAACAUCCUAAUCCAAUUCCCACGGACAGAAGUGGUCGACCACCAACGUGGUGUUCACUAUGGCACUGCCCUUGUUGCAUGCCAAAUAAUUGCAAACAACGCCUUUUCGACUGGGUCGUUAGCCUUAGACCCAAACGGCGAGGAGCUUGUUGUGCUGGACUUUGAUGACGUCCUCACUAACAGCUACUAUUACUUCAUUGUCGCCGGCUCUUAUAAUCGAGACAAUCCUUACCCCAUUGUCCCAAGCUUCCAGGAUUGGGAGUUCCCACACAAUCAAAUUCCUGACGCAUGGCCCCCGUCCACCGUCUUCCCCAGCUCAGCAUGUGGGGUAACUGGGUAUCCAUUCCCUGUCGAAAGUGCACACCUUGUGCCACAGAAGCAGUCCAUGUGGUUCGAGCGGAACGGUAUGCGCCGAUACGCCGAUAAUCGGCUUAUGGGCGGCAAUGUCGACAACCAAGCCAACAUAAUACCACUACGGAGCGAUAUCCACGUGAUAUUCGAUGACCGAUCAAUGGCAAUCAUACCUCGAAGGUCAUCGUACACUACCUCUGUGAUAUCUGACCGGGCGGACCAUUAUUAUCCGCACCACCACAACGUCAUCGUCCAUGGUCUGCACCGAAAUGCCCGAGCAUACCUCUUUGCGCGAUUCGCGUGGACGGUUCUCUUCAGCAUGAAGGCGUUCGUCUGUCAGGGUUUCGAUCGCCGUAUCGUCCAGAUUAGCACAUCGGACUCCCGAAGUGCGAACACGUACGGGACCGUAUGGGUCCAGGCAUCGGAGCUCUAUGCCAAGUACAGCGGCGGAGGAACCCAAGAGUCCGGCCCAGCUUCCAAGUCGACUGCAAAGAGGCAGAAGCCAGGAGAUGCCAUGGAUGAUGACGAUUACAGCGUCACAGAGGAGGAGAUCAUCAAUGCUGUUUACACGUGGAAGAGCGAGGCUCAGACAAGAACAGAGCAAGCGAACACGGAAGUUUUGGGUGAGAAUGAAGGUGGUAACGAAGCGAAGCCCACUGAGUCCAGGGCCCAGUCCGGUGGGGGCCAUGAGUAG